GACAACAACAGGGACACACUCGGGAGCUCCAGUCUUCUCCGCCGUGCAAAUGGAUGUUUUCUGAGAGGCGGACACAGCACAGCCCCGCGGUAUCACCUCCACGUUUCAGCCCCAUGAAGGAGCUCCGUCCCGGCUGAGUUUGGGAGAUGGGGGUACUCAACAUCGCAGACCAGCCUCCUCUGGUCCAGGCCAUCUUCAACCGCAACGCUGAAGAAGUCCAACACUUAUUGCACAAGGAGGAUGUCAAUGCACUGGACCAUGAGCGCCGUACGCCGCUUCAUGCUGCUGCCUGCAUGGGGGACGUGCACAUCAUGGACCUGCUCCUUGAGUCGGGUGCCAAUGUGAACGCUAAAGACCACAUAUGGUUGACCCCUUUGCACAGGGCCGCCGCCUGCAGGAAUGAAAGGGCCGUGGGUCUGCUGCUGAGGCGCGGCGCCGAGGCCAACGCCCGCGACAAGUUCUGGCAGACGGCGCUCCAUGUGGCCGCCGCCAACCGGGCCACCCGCUGCGCCGAGGCCCUGCUGAGCCAGCUGAGCAACCUGAACAUGGGGGACCGCACCGGGCGCACCGCCCUGCACCACGCCACUCAGAGCGGCUUCCAGGAGAUGGUGAAGCUGCUGCUGAACAAAGGCGCCAACCUGAGUGCCAUCGAUAAGAAGGAGAGACAGCCGGUCCAUGCCGCCGCCUACUUGGGUCAUGCGGAGGUUGUGAAGCUGCUGGUGUCGCGCGGCGCAGACCGGAGCUGUAAGGACAAGCAGGGCUACACGCCUCUCCACGCCGCUGCCGCCAGCGGCCACAUCGAAAUCGUGAAGUACCUGCUGAGGAUGGGGGCGGAGAUUGACGAGCCCAACGGUUUCGGGAACACGGCGCUCCACGUGUCGUGCUACAUGGGGCAAGAGGCGGUGGCCACCGAGCUGGUCAACCACGGAGCCAACGUCAACCAGCCCAACAAGUGCGGCUACACGCCGCUGCACCUGGCCGCCGUCUCCACCAACGGCGCCCUCUGUCUGGAGUUGCUGGUCAACAACGGGGCAGACGUCAACCAGCAGAGCAAAGAAGGGAAGAGCCCUCUGCACAUGGCAGCCAUUCAUGGACGCUUCACACGCUCGCAGAUCCUCAUCCAGAACGGUGGCGAGAUCGACAGUGUGGAUCGAUAUGGCAAUACUCCUCUCCAUGUCGCUGCUAAGUACGGCCAUGAACUGCUCAUCAGCACUUUGAUGACCAACGGCGCCGACACGGCCAGACGCGGGCUCCACGGAAUGUUCCCCUUGCACCUCGCUGUGCUCUACGGGUUUUCAGACUGUUGUCGCAAGUUACUCUCCUCAGGUCAGCUGUACAGCAUCGUCUCCUCCAUGAGCAAGGAGCACGUGCUGUCGGCAGGGUUCGACAUCAACACCCCGGACAACUUUGGGAGGACCUGUCUGCACGCUGCUGCCUCCGGAGGAAAUGUUGAAUGUCUGAACUUGCUCCUAAGCAGCGGUACGGACCUGAACAGGAGGGACCUAAUGGGAAGAACCCCAUUGCACUACGCGGCUGCUAACGGAAGGUACCAGUGCACUGUGACGCUGGUGAGCGCCGGCGCCGAGAUCAACGAGCCCGACCAGACGGGCUGCACCCCCCUGCACUACUGUGCAGCUUCACAAGCCUUCGGCAGAAUCGAUGGACACUUUCCUGGGAGUCAUCAACACGAUGAAGAGGAUGUGAAAGAGUCCUACUUCUGUCUGGAGCAUCUUCUUGACAAUGGCGCAGACCCCUCCAUGGUCAACGCCAAGGGUUUCAGCGCUGUUCACUAUGCAGCUUAUUAUGGCAACACACAGAACUUGGAGCUGCUGCUGGAGAUGUCCUUCAAUGCACUAGGAGACAUAGAGAGCAGUAUUCCCAUCAGUCCUCUGCAUCUCGCUGCCGAGCGGGGUCACUGGCAGGCGCUGCGCGUGCUGACAGAAACCGCCGCCUACGUGGAUAUGCAAGAUGCCGCCGGGCGCUCUGUGCUGUACGUGGCCGCCCAGAAGGGCCACGCCCGCUGUGUAGAGGUGCUCCUCUCCCAGGGGGCCUCGUGUCUCAUCAACGACAACAGCUUCAUCUGGACCCCAAUUCAUGUUGCAGCUGCUCACGGUCACUCCGAGUGCCUGCGCAAGAUGAUCGAAUGCGGCGAGGAGGGCGACCUCGCCAACGUCGUGGACAAGUUCGGCCAGACCCCGCUGAUGCUCGCCGUUCUCGGGGGCCACACGGACUGUGUCUGCUUCCUGUUGGCGAAGGAGGCCUUGCCCGACGCCAAGGACAAGAGGGGCAGCACGGCGUUGCACAGAGGGGCGGUGUUGGGCUACGACGACUGCGUGACGGCCCUGCUGGAGCACAAAGCGUCCGCGCUGUGUCGCGACAUCCUGGGUCGGGCGCCGCUGCACUACGCCGCCUCCAGGGGGCACGCCAAGGUUCUGAUCAGUCUGUUGCAGGCCGCCGCGGCGACGGAGCCACAAGACAAACUGCUGGACAACAAACAAUUCACCCCGCUACACUGGGCUGCUUACAAAGGGCAUGAAGACUGUUUGGAGGUUUUACUUGAAUUUAAAACAUUUAUUCACGAAGAGGGAAACCCUUUCACCCCCCUGCACUGUGCUCUGAUGAAUGGCCACAGCGGUGCUGCCGAGCGGCUUCUUGAAUGUGCCGAACUCCACAUGAUGAACACCAGAGAUGCCAAAGGAAGGACCCCGCUGCAUGCUGCUGCGUUUGCCGAGGACGUCGCGGGGCUCCAGCUGGUGCUUCGCCACGGGCCGGAGAUCAAUGCGGUGGACAACAGCGGCCGGUCGGCUCUUAUGGUGGCUGCCGAUAAGGGGCACAGCGGCACCGUGGCCAUCCUCCUUCACCGGGCGAAAGCUGACCUCACACUGCUGGAUGAGAAUAAGAACACUGCCCUGCACCUGGCCUGCAACAAGGCUCAUGAGAUGUGCGCUCUGCUGAUUCUGGGAGAGAUCCACAGUCCCACCCUCGUUAACACGACCAACAGUGCUCUGCAAAUGCCCCUCCAUCUUGCAGCUCGUAACGGCCUGGCCACAGUGGUGCAGGCGCUGCUGAGCAGAGGAGCUACUGUGCUGGCUGUGGACGAGGAAGGCCACACCCCAGCUCUGGCCUGCGCCCCCAACAAGGACGUGGCCGACUGCCUGGCUCUGAUCCUCUCCACCAUGAAGCCUUUCCCCCAACUGGACCCUUCCUCCUGCUCCUGCUCACCCCCCGGCGUCUCCCCCUCGCCGGGCCUCAACCUGCUCAAGCACUGCGGCAUCACGGCCACCUGCGCCCCGCUGCCCAGCAACGGCCUCCACAACGGCUACGUCAAGGACCGCCACGGCGCUCCCGUCGCCCUGGACGGCUGCCUGUCCGAGUGAGGACGCCAUCUACCACCGAGGGGCGUCUCCCUUUAACGUGGCCCGGAGGACCAGGAGAGCACCCGCCCACAUAUCUAUUCUGUGUAUGUAUGUAAGUGUGUGUGUGUGUGGGAGCGCGUUUGGUCUUCUCUUGAGGUGCAGUCAAACCUAAUAUGCAAUUAGACCCCCAUUCCUCCAUCCCAGAGUAGUCCUUAGAGGCCGGUUGCUCUACAAGGCCACGCCGCUCAAGUGUGACGACCAAACGAAACACGUCAUUGGAACCCUUUAAAACAUAAAGACGUCAUAUCGCUUUGCUGACCUUGUAGAGGAACCCGCGGCCUUCCCAAAAAAGACCGAUCAAAGAGUUUACUUUUUUUUUUUUUUUUUUUUUUUUAGUAUUUUACUUGUACGUUAGCCUAUUUUUUGUUUUGUUUUAUGAAGGAACCACACAAGGGAAAAUUAGCUGAAGAGUGCAAUGAUUAUGUACUACAGUACAAUCCCAAAAGGGUUACAAAGAUUCCCCGGCGUACUUUUUAAAAAACGUACGUACUCGAUAUACGUACUCGACAUUUAGUCUCGAGGCGUCGGAAGAGAUUUAGGCGAGGCCGCCGAGCGCGUGGGAAAGCGCGCCUCCUCGCGAGGGAGCGCCACGUCGGCUGACGUCCAAAAGGCGCUACGUGUUUGUUACGCUCGAAUGUUUCUAAGCAUAUGUUAUGACCAAAGUUGAUCAACACUACUAUGGCUAUAAAAUUAUUUAUUUGAGAUGAACUGUACUGUACAGAGAAAGACAAUAGAUCUCGAUAUACCUCGUCAACUCGUUUCGCAGCUGCUUCAUCUUCGCCCAGGGUCCGCAGGCCUGACGUUCUCUCCUUUUUGUAAGUCGGGAGAACGCCUUAGGAUAAUAGUGAAGUGAGCGAGGCCUUUGUUUCCUAGAUGAAGGCUUUCCAAGUAAUAUCUGCCAACAACACCUCAUCAGAGCGUCAUAUAUCUGAGCACAUAAACGAACAAGCCAUUUCAAUCGCAUCUCUCGAACAGUGUUUGUGCAAAGAUUUCACAAGCAGCGCUGCCUCGGCGCUCAUUUAGGCCUCUUUUCUUUGUCGUCGUGUCCGUCAUUGUUGAAGGAUGACUUCUUGAACUCGUCUUAAUAGCUUCUAUCUUCUCGGUAAUCGUGUUGUCUGCCUAUUCGUUUUCCUCCAUUGUUACUAUUAUUUGGCGGUUUCCAAGCAAUAUUGUUUUGGUUUUUUGGCCUUUUUUGUUUUUAAUUGAAUAGACAAUCACUGUCACAAGGGCUUUUGUUUCCCUGGAAUGUGUUUUGAUUUCUUCUUUUCGUCUUUACCGUCAGUGAAAGAUGACCUAAAGACCGAAGACGAAUGGCUCCGUGUGUUCUGGGCAUUUUUAAACCGUCGGUGUCAACACAAAUGCACUGGAUUGCCUUUGACGGCGUCUCAUCAAAUGCCUUUUUCGACCCAUGCCUUCCGUCAUUUCAGUUCAAAAGUAUUACGACAGCAUGCCACGCUCGGGAAUAUAUAUCCCAGAAUUCCCCACCAGGCGUCGACGGGAGAGUAAGCUUUCGGCCGACGUGUCGUCGCGUUGGAUUAAAUACGCUUAUUUAUCGCCAUUAAUCGCUAGCUUUCUCGGAAUGUUCCGCACUCCUGCUGUAGGAUUUAGCAGGGUAACGCCGCCUGGAGGAGUUGCGUCGAUGUAGCGGGCGCGACGCUCUCAAGCCUCGUUGAGACUAAACAGCGCCUCUGCUGGUCGCAGACAAGUACUGCACCCUAUCUCGACAACAUUCUGAAAUGCCCGGGGGUGCCCAAACCGGAAAAAUGGAGGGACGCGGUGGCUAUUUCUAUGGUAUUUGUCAGUUUUUGUUUACGAAAAUAUUGCGUAGCUACGUUAAACAUGAAAAAGAUGAGACAGAGCAAAUGAUUUUUUUGUUCAGAAUUUGCAAGAUUUUGGGCACCCCUGGAUUAGUCUUGAUUAAUCACGCUGCCCAUCCUUUGGUGUGGAGGUCAGGAAUAGCAGAAGUCCAAAUAUGUGCUAAGUAAUUUAUUGUCUCUUCAUCCCAUUUCUGCUACUAAAGAUUGUAGAUGGCGUCGGACCACUAGCGUCUUUUUUUUUGUUUUUUGUUCCGAUGACAAUUUGUCGUCGCGUUUGAGCGCGAUAACUUCACAUCUGCCGCCAGUGAAGUCGCACAAUUGCACACGUUAGCGUGACCGGAUGGGCGACGAGGACCCGUUCGAUUCCCGACCCCCGCGGCCCCCGCUCCCUUUUUGACUCACUACUCUGCUCAAAACUGUAAAACGCAUUAUUUGUGAUCUCAGGAUCUAUUGCCUGGAGCGGCGGGCGUAAUUUCAAGGAACCAAUCAGAUCUCAGCAGGUUAAUUAGCGGUCGAUUUAAUUUGAGUAAGCCUGAUUCCUGCAGCACUUAACUAAAUAGUCAAGCACGCACUUUAGUACAUUCAGGUUCUAAGUGUGCAACAAGGAGCAGAUAAGGUAUGUACUUAUGUUUACAUGCACGUGUGUUGCUGCUGAAUUUACAGGAAGGUCGGCCAGCGUUGGCGUGGUCGCCACCAGUUUUAGCAAAAGGCCUCUCCGACCACUCGGGGGCGCCGUUCACUGCCCACUGGCUUUUCGUCGUCUUUAUUUUAAUUUUAUUUUUUUUCCUUUCUUGUGUGUUUGUGUGUGUGUUUUGCAGCCCGAAUCGACACACACCUCAGGCAGGCUCCUUAGAAACACUCCACACACACUCUCUCAGCCAUUUGUAGGUGCUCGUCUGUUCUGGCAGGGAUGAUUUUUUUUUGUUUUCUUUUUUUUUUUCUUCCUCUAAUGAUGUCCAAAUGUGACCAGUAAAUGGAGCCAUUGCCUCCC